CAUUGCUCUUCUUCCAACCGACCCCUCUAUUGAUACCCCACGUCCGGUGAAAAUGGCGGAGGCUCUUGGAGCUCUGUUGGAGGCAAGCUUGGAUCCGAGAAGGAACAAGGAAGCCGAGAAUGCCCUUCGCCAGGAAGAACAGAAGCCUGGCUUCUCGCUACAGCUCCUUCACAUCACGGCGUCGCAGUCCUCCCCUAACCACAUUCGCCUCGCUAGCGCCCUCUGCUUCAAGAACUUCAUCAAGCGCAACUGGACAAAUGAGGAUGGAAACUACAAGCUCCCGCUGGAGGAGGUUGCGACCAUCAAGCGCGAGUUAAUUACCUUGAUGAUUUCAAUGCCUCCGAGUAUCCAGGCUCAGCUGGGCGAUGCUGUCAGUGUGAUUGCUGACAGUGACUUCUGGGAGCGCUGGGAUACUCUUGUGGAUGAUCUCGUUUCAAAGCUUUCGAAUGACCCUGCCACCAACAUCGGUGUGCUGCAGGUUGCACACUCCAUUUUCAAGCGGUGGCGCCCGCUCUUCCAGUCCAACGAGCUGUACAAGGAGAUCAACCAUGUGCUCGAGAAGUUCGGCACUCCUUUCCUGAGUCUCUUUGAGAACCUGGACGCCUACCUUGAGGCAAACAAGAACAACAAAGAGAACUUGACGCUAGGCUUCACUCAACUGAACCUCAUGAUCAAGCUGUUCUACGAUCUCUCCUGCCACGACCUCCCGCCUAUGUUCGAAGAUAACAUCUCUGCGAUUGCUUCGAUCUUGCUCAAAUACCUCACAUAUGACAACCAACUUCUUCACACCGAUGACGAUACCGAGGCUGGGUUGUUGGAGUAUGUGCGUGCUGGAAUUUUCGAGGUCCUGACCCUGUACGUGCAGAAGUUCUUGGACGCAUUUGGUCCCCUCGUUGGGCAGUUCAUUCAGAGCUCGUGGGGAUUCUUGACCACUAUUGGCCAAGAGACAAAGUACGAUAUUUUGGUAAGCCGAGCUCUUCACUUCUUGACCUCGGUCGCCAGCAUGCCCGAACAUGCCGCUUCUUUCCAAGCGGACGAAACUUUGGGUCAGAUCAUUGAGAAGGUUAUCCUUCCCAACGUGAGCUUGCGCGAAUCGGACGAAGAACUGUUCGAGGACGAGCCGAUUGAGUUCAUCCGACGAGACCUGGAGGGCUCCGACAGCGAGACCAGGCGACGGGCUGCUACCGACUUCCUCCGACGACUGACGGAGAAGUUUGAGGAGUCCGUGACCAAGGUCACUUUGAAGUACACCGAGCAUUAUUUGGCUGAAUAUGCCAAGGACCCGACCUCAAACUGGAAGUCCAAGGACACUGCCACUUAUCUUUUCUCCGCAAUUGCGGCUAAGGGAGUGGCCACUUCGACACACGGUGUCACCUCCACGAACAACCUGGUCAGCAUCACAGAUUUCUUUUCGCAGAACCUUGCUUCGGAUCUGGUCACCGAUGCCGGCAUCCACCCCAUCCUUAAGGUCGAUGCUAUCAAGUAUCUCUACAACUUCCGGAGCAUCAUUACCAAGGACCAAUGGCAGGGUGUUCUUCCUGUUCUGGUGAACCACCUGGCUUCUUCCAACUAUGUUGUCUACACGUACGCCGCAAUUGCCCUGGAGCGGGCUCUCUUCCUCACUGAUGCUCAAGGACAACCCGUCAUUGCUCCUACUCAGAUCACUCCGCUGGCCAAGGACCUGCUGGAACACAUCUUCAAGUUGAUCCAGAGCGAUCCCGCUCCUCAGAAGGUGCAGGAGAAUGAGUUCCUUAUGCGAUGCGUUAUGCGUGUCCUGGUUGUCAUUAAGGAAGGCGUGGUUUCCUUCGCGGAUACUGUGCUGGAGCGCCUCAUCACCAUCACUCAGAUCAUCGCCACCAACCCCAGCAACCCGCGGUUCUACUACUUCCACUUUGAAGCCAUGGGAGCUUUCAUCAGAUAUGCCGCUCCUGCCAACCCCGACAAGCUUGAGCAAGCUCUGUACACGCCGUUCGCCAGCAUUUUGCAAGGUGAUGUGCAAGAAUUCAUGCCUUAUGUUUUCCAGCUGUUCGCGGCGCUUCUGGAGGCCAACCCCUCCGCAACUCUCCCUGGUUACUACCAGGAGCUGAUUGCACCUAUCCUGAUGCCUGUCAUGUGGGAGUCGCGCGGAAACACCCCUGCCCUUGUUCGGCUGCUUUCCUCGAUCAUCCCCCGAGGCUCUCAGUAUAUCCUUGAGCACAACCAGAUUGAGCCUAUUCUGGGUAUCUUCCAGAAGUUGGUGUCGACCAAGGCUAAUGAGGGCUACGCCUUUGAUCUGUUGGAGACGGUCGUUUCAAACUUCCCUCCUGCUGCGUUGGAGCAGUAUUUCGUCAUGAUCAUGCAAAUUAUUCUGCAACGUCUGCAGAACUCCAAGACCGAGAACCUGUCGAUCCGCUUCGUUCGGUUUUACCACUGCGUGACCGCCCACGAUGACAAGGGCUACAGCCCCGACUUCAUCAUGGAGCAGACGGAGAAGGUGCAGCAAGGCCUCUUCACUCCCGUCUACCUCAAGGUUAUCCUGGAGGACACCCAGAAGCUCGCGCGGCCCCUUGACCGCAAGACGGCUGUGAUCUCCCUCACCAAGACUCUGGCCAACUCCGACGCCUUCGCGACUCGGUAUGCCAAGGGAUGGGGCUUCACCUGCAACACACUGCUGAAGCUCCUCGAGCUUCCUCCCGCCGUUGCCCACAAGGAUGACGUUGAGGUGGAUGUUGAAGAAAUGUCGUUCGGUGUCGGUUUCACUCCUCUGAUCACCAUCCGCGCCCAGCCCAGGGACCCAUGGCCGGAGACCGGCAAUGACUACAAGUCCUGGGUGGGUACUUAUCUCAAGGAGGCGGACAAGCGCCACAACGGCCGGAUCUCGCAGUUUGCGCAGGAGCGCCUGGAUGACCAGGCCAAGGCGUUGCUGGGCAGCUACAUCUCUUGA